AUGUCAGAAACAUUAUCUCCAGAAGCAAAAAAAUUAUAUCACGCGAAACUCGAGCGAAUUAUCUUUACUACCUACGAAACUUUGAAAACAUGGAGAAAGUAUGAAAGCGAUUAUAAUGCUUUGAAGACAACCUUGGAAGAUUUAUCUCACGAGACGGAAUAUAGAAUCAUGGUGCCGAUAGGCAAACUUGCAUUUAUGCCCGGAAAGCUU